GUCCUGGCUGUCCAGGACCUGCGGGGUCUCGUCGGACCGGGCGACCGGAUAAACCGAGCCCUCUCCCGGGGAUGGGGCGAGAUGGGCCUGGGCGGGCCGGGCGGCGGCAGACCCCGGCUCAGGUGCCCUUCUCGCCGCAGCCGCCGCGCCCCUGCGAGGCCUACAGCGCCGAGUGGAAGCUCUGCCGCAGCGCCGGGCACUUCCUGCACCACUACUACGUCCACGGCGAGCGGCCGGCGUGCGAGCAGUGGCGGCGCGACCUGGCCAGCUGCCGCGAGUGGGAGGAGCGCCGGAGCGCCGAGGCCCAGCGGUCCCUCUGUGAGAGCGAGCGUGCACGAGUCCAGGCUGCACAGAAGCACACGCUGGUGUGGGUCCCGAGGCAGAGGCCACCUGCAGACUGGCACCUCCCCCUGCCACAGCAGGAGAAAGACUGAGCCCUUCACUUUCCUCCAGUCUGUUUCGAUUGGGGCUGCACCGUGACUCAAAGGACUGUGUGCAGCUCGGGCAGUCUGGUGGUCCCUGGGAGGUUCCACCUGCCAUGGAACACAGAGUUUGAUGUCUCCAGCCCUGCUUGGCCACCCCUCACCUGUGCUCAGGGAGCCUUGCCACUACCAUACAUUCAAAGACAAGUCCACCCGCUGCAAGCAGCUUCAGGAAGCCCAGCUCUGCAGCAGGUAUGCCUGCAGGCAGCCAGGCCAGGCUGCUCACGCUCCUCGCUGGGAACAGUGGUGCAGGAGCCGCCUGCUCUGAGGUCUGGAAUUCUCAGGUCAACUCUUAAGCGGUGUCCCUGACCUGUGUGGACAUGUAGGGGGUCAGAAUGAGGCAGCUGAAUGGUUUGUUGUGCUGUGUGAACCCCUGUCCUGGCCCUGGCUUGGUGAUGACCACGUAUUACCUCCACUGGUGCUCACAUGCGGCUCAGCCGACUCGCUCAGUUCUUCUGCAGGCACAGGCAGAGCACACCUCUGGACCAGCCCUGGAGACCCUGGUGUUGAAGAAGUGCACACAGCCACAGAACAUACAGCUCUGCAUUAAAAGAGUUCACGGACUCUUAGCCUAAGAAACCCAAGCCCAAGACACAUGAAAUUAUGGUCUCCUUCCCUCAAAAUUUCCCCUGGUAAUUUUUAGAAAAUGUGGAAUAUAUCAAAAGCCAUUUCACACAUUUGAUCCCAAGUAAAAUAAAAAAGUUAGAUCCACAGUUUAAUUGUUGAAACUGUCAGAUUUUGUACCUGAUGUCACUGUGCUUGAAUAGCAUUAGGAUUUUGUAUGCUUAUACUCUUGUAGAUAGAUGUUUUUAAAAGAUAUGUAUAUGAAAGAGCAAGAACUCUUACGUCUUGAAGAGGUCUCCGUUACUAAUGAAAAUGACUCAGUGCCUUGUGGCUGCGUGGCAAGCCCCGCCGCGUGGUGCCGAGGGGCAGGGCGGUGGCAGACCGUGCCCUCGCUGCUCUUCCUGGCUGUCCCAGGCCCACUGUGUCUUAGCAUCUCCCUCAUGCUGGGCCCCGACUUGGCCAUGGGGCCUGGUGGGUCAGACAUCUUUUAAUACAUUCUUGGAGCAAAAUAACCCAUCUCUUCAGAAGAGUACACAUUAAAGAAGAAAUCCUCUC